AUGGAUCUUCCAAGCUAUUCAGGCAGCCAAGUUCGCUCUCCAGCGCCCAUCUCGCAACGUCUUCCCUUGAUUUUCCGGCGGCUGCAUCGUUUUAAUCAAAUGGACUUCGAACAAGCUAUCUGGCAGCUUGGUUAUCUGUGUCUGGCCCCACGGAGAGUGUAUCGGAAUGUAUACUUCCAUAAGCAGACAAAAAAUACCUGGGCUCGAGAUGACCCGGCCAUUCUCGUGCUCAUUGCAGCGUGCCUCUUUGUGUCUGCAAUUGCUUGGUCAUUUGCAUACUCGUACACCGCGAGGCAGGCUUUGAAGCUUGCCUUGUUCAUGAUAGUGCGGGAUUAUCUUCUGACAGGCUUGGUCGUCGCGACAGUGUUAUGGUUCGUUUCAAACCGUCUCCUCAUCGCGCCACCUUCACAUUCUUCUCCUGCGGACUCCGUUGUCGAAUGGGCCUACGCAUUUGACGUACACACCAACGCGUUUUUUCCAUUUUUCCUCACACUCUAUAUUGCGCAACUGUUCGUCCUUCCUGUCGUCCUCAAAGAUAAUUGGGUGUGUCUUUUCUUGGGGAACACUUUGUAUCUUGCUGGGCUCGCACAGUAUACGUACGGUGUAUAUCUCGGUCUCAACGCGCUCCCAUUCCUGAUACGUUCCGAAUUGCUCCUUUCACCUCUUUUACCACUCUUUACGUCAUACAUAAUCUCUUUACUAGGAUUUAACGUCGCGAAACAUGUACUAGCAGUAUAUUUUGGCUCGUAA